CGCGCCGGCUUGUUGUGUCGGAGCAGCGCGGAGCUGGCGCACACGGCCUGUGCAAGCAGGUUCGAACAGGUCGGGACGAGUCGGUGACGCGGCGCGGGCCAUGGUGCAGGCUGCGUGAUGCGCGCCUCGUGGCACUCGCGCUGCGCAGGCCGUGCCUUCCUGCUGGGACUGCUGGCGUGCUUGGUCUGGCCGCGCGCGCUGGCCAGCCCCGCCCGCAACGCCAGCGCCUACCGCAGCGUGUCGUUCCUCGCUAGGGCAGCCGGCCCGCCCCCGCCGCCCCCGCCCGCCGACGCCUCCCCCGCGCUGCUGGAUGGCUGCUACUGGGGCCGCCAGGUGGAGGCCGCGCUGCCCCGCGGCUACGACGUGGCCGACGACGAGGCCUGGCGCGACCUGGUGCGCAGCUCCGCGGCGGUGCGUCUAGAGGAGGGCUGCGGCCGCAUGCAGAACCGCCGCGUCGUGUUCGAGGACGGCUCGCAGGCGUGCUGCCGCUACCGCCAGAACACCGACCAGAUCCAGGGCGAGAUCUUCAGCUUCUACCUGGGGCGGCUGCUGGGGCUGCGCAACCUGGUGCCGUCCGCGCUGUCGCUGGUGCGCCGCGGCGCGCCGCAGUGGGCGCGCGUGCAGCCGCGCGUGGCGCAGGCGCAGUGGCAGGACGAGCGCGCGGUCGUGCUGACGCGCAACGUGUCGCGCCUGGAGGCGGCCUACAUCCCGGCCCGCCUGCGCGCGCCGGACCGCCGCCUGCACCCCCGGGACGUGCCCCUGCGCGGCGACCUCGCGGGCCUGGCGCAGUGGACCGACCUCGUGGUGUUCGACUACCUCACGGCCAACCUGGACCGCGUCGUCAACAACCUGUUCAACCAGCAGUGGAACCCCGCCAUGAUGGACGCGCCCGCGCACAACCUGGCGCGCCGGCGCGACUCGGGACUGCUCGUGUUCCUGGACAACGAGAGCGGGCUGCUGCACGGCUACCGCCUGCUCGCCAAGUACGAGCGCUACCACGCGACGCUGCUGAGCUCGCUGUGCGUGUUCCGGCGCCCCACGGCCGAGGCGCUCAAGACGCUGAGGCGCGACCGCGACGUCGGCAGGCUGCUGCGCGAAGCCUUCUCCGCCUGGGACCCGGGCAUGGCCGACUAUCUGCCCGCCAUCCCCGACCACAGCGUCAAGAUCCUCAACGAGCGCAUAGACAGGGUGUUCGAGCAGGUGACGCAGUGCGAGCGCCAGUACCCGCCGCGCGACGAGGCCUCGUAACCUCAGCUGCUGGUCCGAGCCUACCAGGUACUCUGCUGGAGCAGUGUGAACCCACAUCUACAUGUCUGUUCGCCUCGCUCGUCUGGUUAGAGCUGUCAGGGUUUUUUUCUGGAGUGGUGUGAACAUACGUGCACAUGUCUGUUCGCCUCGCUUCUCUGGAUAAGGCUUCCAGGUACUCUGCUAGAGUAUUGUGAACCCACAUCUACAAGUCCAUUCGCCUCGCUCUUCUGGUUCGAGUUGUCAGGAAGUCUUUCUGGAGCCAUGUGAACCCACGUCUACAUUUCUGUUCGCACUACUCGUCUGGUGCAGGCUGCCAGGUACUCUGCUGGAGUAGUGUGAAUCCAUGUUCACAUUUCUGUUUCCCUAGUUUGUCUGGUCCAGGCUGCCAGGUACACUGCUGAAGCAGUGUGAGCUCAUGUCCACAUGUCUGUUCGCCUCACACGUCUAGUCUAGGCUGCCAGGUACUCAUCUGGAGCAGUGUGAACCCACAUCCGCAUGUCUGUUAACCGUGUUAGUCUGGUCCAGGCUGGCAAGUACUCUGCUGGAUCAGUGCAGUGUGUACCCACAUUCACAUGUGUAUUCGUCUCGUUAGUCUGGUCCUGCCGGCCAAGUACUUUUCUGGAGCAUGGUGAACUUACAUCUACAUGUCUGUUCGGCGUGUUUGGCUGUAUUUCGUUUAAUAUUCUUUAUUCUGCUUGCUUUGUUACGUGUUGUUAAUAGCUAUCUAUGGCUCUGCUCUGUUGGUAACCUUUGUUGCCUGUUAAACCUAGUUUGCCAUUGGCAGUCUUAAUUUUGUUUCGUAUUUUUUAAUCCUUUUUUGAAUUUUUAUUUCGUUACCAGAUCAUGUAAUUACUGAAGUGCAGGUGUUAACGAAAACCUGUUAAUUCCCCUCUCUCUCUCUUCUUGUUUUAGCUUUAUUAAUUUUGUAUUUUUUCUAGCUAGUUUAAAUUAGUAAAUAUAAUUAAAAAUAUUUCGUUAAUUAUUUAAACAGUAUGUAUUUGAAGCCGAUAUAAUAUAUCAUUUUGUUAGUGGUUUGUGACAGUAAUGUCAAUUUACCAAAUAAACAUUAUUUUGCAUUGUGCUCAAGAAGUUAUUAAUUGUGAAAUAUUUUAUAUACCAUCUUAUUCAUAUAUUUAUUUGUUUACUGUUUUAGAAUUUAAUCACCUUUUAUAUAUAUAUAUAUUAAUUGAAGAACCAGUUUUAAUUUUUAAAAAAAAAUACAUCAGAGUAGGCCUACAAAUUGAACAGAACACCAAGUACUCAGAUUAAGGUUUUUUAAAAUCUCAAACAUUUCAAAUGCAGUACCUACGCCUGAUAACAUUCUGAUGCAUAACUAUAGUUCCUGAAUGAUUUUUGAGCACUUAGAUAUUUAUUAAAGAAUGGUAAAUUUGUCUCUGAAAAUAUAAAAUUAAAAAUUACAUGUUUACAAUUUUUUUUUUCAAUCGGAUUUGACUUUUUCACAGGAACAGUCUAACUGAGCAAAUGUAUCACCCAAAAAUGGAUAAACAAUGCACAGGUACAGUUUAGCUUUGCACAGUUAUCAGCAAACUAUGGCUAAACAAUGCACAGGUACAGUCUAGCUUUGCACAUUUAUCAGCCAACUAUGGAUAAACAAUGCUCAGUUACAGCCUAGCAUUGCAUCGUUAUCAGCCAGCUACUGAUGAACAAUGCAACAAUAAGCAUUUACAGUCGUACUUUGCACAGUAUCAAAAAGCCUUGGAUGAACAAUGUGCAGGUAUAGUCUAGCUUUGCCCAGUUGUCAGCAGGAAUGGUCUUUUGCGGGGUUGUUGUCAUUUAUGCACUGGUUUUUGUUAAUGUACGUCAAUAGAAAAUUUUAUCCAGUGCUCCGUUACAUGUCAGCAUUUUAUUUGUUUUUAAAAUAAAUGAAAAUUUGAAGAGAGAAAUAUUAUAAACAUGAAAUAUUUUGUUGUACAUAGCCUGCUGAUACCGAAAACAUGAAUUUUUCAUGUUUUGAAUGAUGAAAACUUGGAUUUACAAAAAAAUAUAUAAUAAUUUAAAAUAGGUACGUUUCUAAGCGCAGUUAUUUAUAACAUAAAUGUAUUUGUGUGUUUUUUUGUCCGGCACUAAGUAUAGUUCAAUCGAUAUUAUUUUAGGAAAUAUUCUAGUUAACUUAUCAACAACAAAAUUACAUUAUCAGUUUAAAAAAGGCUUCUAGGGCUUGACUAUUAGUAUUUUUAAGUUUUCGGUAGCAGCAGGCUAAAGUGUUAAUUUUUAUAAUAUAUUUCUCUUCAAUUUUUUAUUUAUUUUAAAAUCAAAUAAAAUGUUGAAGUGUAACGGAAUAGCUGUGUAAAAUUUUCUAUUGACGUACAUUAACGAAAAAAGUGCAUAAAGCCCUAGAAGGCCUUUUUUAAACUGAUAAUGUAAUUUUGUUGUUGAUAUGUUAACUACAAUAUUCCCUAAAGGAAUAUCGAUUGAACUAUAGUGCUGGACAAAAAAGCGUACAAAUACAUUUCUGUUAAAAUACUGGGGUUAGAAACGUAUUUGAAUUUUUUUAUUGUAAAUCCAAGUUUUUAACAUUGAAAACAUGAAUUUAAAAAAAAAUAACAAAAUAGAAAUCUGAGUAAAAUAUUAGGAAAACUAAAAAGGGCAGGUAUAUCAUUUGAAUGGACUAUUAAUUUAUAAAACAAAUAAAAUUAAAAAUUUUUGUGAUUUUUGAAACUGCACUGUUUGAAUGUUCAAACAUUUUUCUACUAUUUCAUAAAAUAUAAAUAUAUAGUUCCUCACAACUAAAGAACAAAACAAAUUAAGCGUGUACAACUACAUAUUGUUUAGAAGGUAGCAUAUGCACAUGGUUUAUAAAUAAAUGUUCUAUUUAGUUAUGUUUUCUCUGCAUACACUGUAAAAAAGUGUGUAUAUUUUACACAAAAUGUAUGUGAUAGCAGGAUCUCCACCGAUGUUAGUGUAAUUUUACACCUACACGUGUUGGUGUCUAUUUCUAUUCAAACACAAGAAUACAAAUACACCAACACGUGUUGGUGUAAAAUUACACUCACAUCAGUGGAGACUGCUGCCACAUACAUUUAGUGUAAAAUUACAAUUCGUAUGGUUUGGUAAAUAUGCAAUAGCUGCUGGUGUAUUUUUACUUCGUGUUAUAUAUAUCUGCAAAUGCAUGCAUUUAUAAAUUUACCACAAGUGCCAGUUAAUUUUACUGCAUCGUUAAGUAGCCGAGUAUCCUAAAUUUACAAUAACAAUGGACAUGUUAAUUUAUGCUACUUUCAAAACUAUUUUACUAUUUGUAGCUUGUAGCUAUUAUUGAACAAUGUGUACUUUAGACUUAUUUUAACAAUUUAUCAACUUUGAAUCACUUCCUACGUCCUGAGUGACCUAGCGGAGAGUCGAUCACGUGAUCUUCUGUUUAUCAGACAGGCAUCUUAAACUCAAGAUUAUCGUACACAAUAACUGCCACGAAGAAAUGGGAAUAUGACUUUAGUAACCUAAUUUAAAUUAAAUGGGUGUUUUUCAGUCUGGAUAGUAAAAUAAAUUGUAUUUUUUCAGUUCCUUGUGUAAAUUUACUGUGACAAAUGUUAUGCACUUUUACAAUGACGUGUGUGUGAAUAUACAACUAUAGCGUAGUGACAAAAAAUAUAACUUGAUUAGUUUAACAUUUGUUGUAUGUGUAAUUUCACAUAUAUGUGUAUACAUCCAAUUGUGUUAUUUAACACAUACUUUAUUGAAAAAAUAUAUAUUUUUUCAUUUGUACAUUUUUACCGAAGCCUUGUAGCAAAAUUUUGUUAUUUAAAACAUUAGUGUAAAAUUAGGUACCUACACCACGAAAAUGUAAAAUUAAUAAACUUGUGUAUAUGUAAUUUACGAAAUGUUUGUUAGUGUAAUUUGUUAGUAUUAUCGCAUAGUAAUUGACUUUAGAUUUGUACAUUUAAAAUUUUUUAAAAGUAUUUUCGGAAAAUAAAAUAAAAAUCUACCUAUAUUACUUCAUUAAGUGACUCUUUUUCACCGCCAGCUAUUAGUUGGCUAAUAAUGGGUGUAAAAUUUUAACUUUGUAUUUCUUUGUUAUAUAUUAUUUUUUACAAAAUCAAACAGUAACAUUUUCAACUAUAGGCCUGCUCAAUACUAAGUUAGAUAUUAUUUAAGAGAACUUUUAUAGCACGUCAAGUUUACAGCACUACAUCAAUAAUCAGCAUUAAAAAUGGGAUAAAUUUUCUGUUUUUUUGUAAAAAGAAAGAAAACUGUAGCUCUGAACCGCUUACAAAUAAUACCUAGAGCGUGGUGUUUCUAAGUCCCUAUAGUAGAAAAAUUUGUGUUCCAAAGUAGGUACAUAUUUUAAAUACCUACUAAAGGAGUACGUAUUAGUAGACUACAUUUAGUUCUGCACAAAGACGUUUAGAUACAGUAGCUAUAAAUAACCAAGUGAUUAUUAGGUGAUUGUGUGACUGUGCGACUGUAUAGUCAUAACCUGUGCUAUCUGGGCCCAUCGGUGCCACACACUUCGUGAUUAUGUGUACAGAGGUGAUUAUUGUACUACACUGAUUAUUGCCAUGUGGAUUGCUUGCGCAUCGUUAAAGUUCUAGUGAUAAAACGCGGAAAUAUAAUAACACCUGUUGUAUUAAAAUGCACUGUAAUAUGACGUGUUAACAAUAGAUCUGUGUGUGACACUACGAUUUGUAAGAGAUGGAGCCAAUGAUACCUAAUUCCGCCUCAUUUAUUGUAACAACUAUGAUUCACGUACAUAAAAUCAGACCUACACUGAGUGAAUAUGGAUGGCUUUUUUUCCUUUAAACUUUUUAAUAGACAUAAAUAGAUGUAAAAUAUUGACGAAGUAAGACCUCCAUCGAAAUACCUGAGAGAGUUUAAAAUAGUGUAUAUUUUCUACAUCCGUUUUUUUCAUGAGAAUAAAAUAAUUACUAAAUAAAAUAUGUUAUACCAACAAUAUCACUUUAAUUACAUUAUUUUCUCACUAUUAAAUAAAUUACUGAUACUAAGAAACAUUUCCUGGUGAGUUCGUUGGUAUGUCGAGAUAAGCAAUUGUGCCCGACAAAACACGAACGUGUUACAUUGCUCUACAGAACGGCUCUGAAUUCUACCGACAAAUUUCGGCUGCAGGUACAUCACAACAAAAUAUGUUGAAAACCUCUAUGACACUCAUAAUAUAAAGUGUCCUGGUAUACGUCUUUUAAGUUGGGGCUUAACGACUUUUGAAAUUGUAAAUAAUAGAGAAAGUUUUUGUGAUAUAACCUGAGCGUCUGAAUUCGGUUUAAUUGAACGAAGUUUAUAAAACCACCGCGAACUUUGUGGCUGUAGAAAAAUUAUUUCAUUGAAAUAAUUGGGGAUAGUAACACGCCACAAAACAUUUGAAAGAAUAAAAAUGUUAUUUCCACUUAUUUCAAUAAAAUAAUUUUACUACAACCACAAAAUUCUCGGUGGUUUUAGAACUUAGUUCAAUUACACAUAAUUCAGACUCUUGGUGUUCUAUUUUCAUUACUUUCUCUAUUAUUUACAGUAAAAAGGUUGUUCACACCCAACAUCAUAGACUUGGGAAACACUUUAAACCUUAAGUCGUAAAUAUGUUUUCAAGUUAUUUUAUGUACCUGUAGUCGAAGUUGGUCGGUCGAAUUCAGACUCACUUUGUAUAACGUUAUCAAACAUGUUUUAUAAACUGUUGUAGAAUUUUUAUACGUCCCAACAAAUUCUCUUAUGUUCUUUACAUAUUUUAACAAAACGUUUGACAUCAAUUAGGGUAAGUAGAAAAAUGACGCCACCUCAAGGAAGAAUUCAUUUCGUUUUUGCAUUCAAAAAUAUCAUUCAAAUGACUUAUCUUUAUUUAUGAAAGAUUUUUCAUCCAGUAUUUGUUUAAUGUCCUUUCUCUAUUUACUAUAGCAAUAUAAACGUGAUUUUACAGAAAUAGCCAAACACAGCACUUGACGGUAUUACCCCAUUGUACGGAGUAAUUUCACCACAUUACAGAAGGUAGUACCACACUAUCCAGAUACACUGCCAUUAAUACUAAGAAGAUAUUAACACUAAUAUUUUAUUUUCUUUAUGAGACAUGCAUGUAUUUAAAUAGGGCUAAGCUUAUAUUAAAAGUGGGUUCUAGCUUAAAACAAAAUAUCUACAUAAAUAUUUAAGGCCAUUAAUUUUGACGUGACAACGUCUAAUAAAUCGAUGAACGCCGGCUGCACGCACGAAAAAGUGUCCCGUUACGCACAUUGUCCCGUUGCGCUGUGUCCCGUCACGCUCAUUACACGCUUGCGCCGCAUCUAUCUCUCUUCCACUUGAUUGGAACAACCAUCGAUUUGACUUUUUC